AUGGGGAACCUGGGGUUCACUACGCCGUUCCACGAGAACAUUAUGAGAGCAUGCACCCCUCGAAAGGUCAAGGUUCCCCCGAUUGACCAUUAUGACGGGACAACUGACCCCAUCGACCAUCUAGCCGCCUUCAAAGCACAAAUGAGCGUCCAAACCAGUAGUGAGGCCGCAUGGUGCAAAUUCUUUCCCACCACCUUGAAAGGCUUGGCCCUAACUUGGUUCACCGAGCUGCCUUACGGGAGUAUAUCGAGCUUCACCGCCCUCGAAACGGCGUUCAAGCAGAACUUCAUCGCGGGAAGGAGGCAUCGGAAAACCAGCAUCCAUCUCAUGUCGAUCAGACAGCGGAGGGAGGAGGACUUAGCAGAGUACAUCAAGAGGUUCAACGCGGAGUCCCUCAAGGUAUCUGACCUACAGGACAGCGUGGCCUUCACCGCUCUUAUGUCAGGGCUAUACCCUUCGAGUAGGUUCAAGCUGAAACUGGCCGAGAGUGAAGCCUCCUCGUUCUCAGAAGCCAUGAACCUGGCCCAGAAAUUUAUACAAGCCUCCGAUAUCUGUAAAACUCAUGAGGAGCCAAGCUCCGGGAAAAGAAAGCAUGAAUACACCCCGCGGACAGACAAUCCCAGAGAUACCCCUCGAAAAGAGAAAGACAAAAAGCCUCGGUUGGAGAAUCAUUGGAAUGACCCUCGAUACAACCUGAACCAGAGGGAAAUCUACCUAGACAUCAAAGGGAAAUACCCCCUGCCAAAGCCUCACCUAAUUCGAACAUCUUUCAAUAAGCGAGACAAGAAACUAUGGUGUGAAUUCCAUCACGAUUGUGGCCACACCACGAGGGAGUGUCGAGAGCUCAAAAGGGCCUUGGAUAAAUUAGCUGACGAAGGAAAGCUGAAUCGAUAUCUCAAGGAUCCCAAGGAAAGCAAAGUCGAACCCCGGGCGGAAAAACAAGCUCGAAGCGACGAUACGGCAGGAUACAUCAAUGUCAUAGCAGGUGGAUUGCAUCACGAUUGUGGCCACACCACGAGGGAGUGUCGAGAGCUCAAAAGGGCCUUGGAUAAAUUAGCUGACGAAGGAAAGCUGAAUCGAUAUCUCAAGGAUCCCAAGGAAAGCAAAGUCGAACCCCGGGCAGAAAAACAAGCUCGAAGCGACGAUACGGCAGGAUACAUCAAUGUCAUAGCAGGUGGAUUUGCUUCAGGAGGCUUAACCAUCCGCUCUCGCAAGAAGCACCUCUACACCUUAAAACAUGGAAGUGAUGCAAACUCUACUGCCACAUGCCCGACCAUGACCUUCAAGACAGUCGCGCCCAUACAAACCCGCAUGACGACCCGCUGGUUGUCGAGAUGA